GAGGAGGGAGAGAGCCGCCGCCGCGCGCCCCUCGGGGGGCGGGAGGCCAUGUGGGGCCGCGUCUACGCCGCCGUCAACUGGCUGCUCAGCUCGAAGCCGAGGCCCGAAGCCGCCGAGGCCCAGUCGGCGGGGAGCGGGGAUGUCCCUGCGGGAGGCAGGAAGAGGCCGCGCUUCAGCAUCCAGGAGACGGGGGAGCAGGGUGACGGAAGCGUGAAGAGAUUCAAAAUGGGCGAUCUUGUGGACUCCGUGAAAAAUACAGCAGAGGGUGUGAAGCAGACCACUAGCAUGAUGUUCAGCUGGGUGAAGAGCAGGACCCCUUCCUUCAGCUCUGGGCUUCCAGCGUUACCUGCUCAGCAGAGAUUACCGAUCAGAAGGAGGAGGCCUCCUCAGUCUUGCGUUCCUCUUCCUGACAGCGAGAGUUCUUUGGGAGAAUCGUUCGUAUGUCCGUCGAGAGAACCACUGUGGAGAUCACAGCCCAAACCAGCUCACGUAGACCUGCCGACGGUGGAGAGUUUCAUGGCGACUGUUGAUCAGAGUGUACUGGUCAAGCGUCCCCUACACAGCCCGCGAACGUUAAACCGAGCCAACGGGCACUCGAGGAAUGGGGCGGCCAUGCCCAGGAGCCGGACACAGAAACUGAGGCUCGGGAACAGCCUGCAUCUUCCAGUGCGGAAAACACCCAGUCGGACGGUCUCCAUGUACACCCCAGUUUACGACAAGACCUUCUCUGGGAGACGGGCAGACAGCCCCCACCGCAGCAGCUCCACCCAAACCAGCCCUCUGACGCAGAGGAGAUCAACCGGCAAAUACCUCAGCACUGUGGAGGAGACCAUUCGCAAAGAGGAGAAGGAGAUCUACCGGCAGCUUCUGGAGGUGGUGUCCUCAAACCACAGUAACAAGCUCACCCUCUCCAGAGUGUCUUCACCCCUCUCACACCGAGAACUGUCCAGUUUCUUCAGCUCCAAUCAGCACUUCUUCCAGAAGAUGGUGUCGGACAGCGACCAGCACACGGUGGAGAGCAGCUUGGUCAGCUCCGACCCGGGGUCUCAGCCCCUGUCAUGGGCGGACCCCUCGUGCAGCCCCCUCGCCAGCUCCGAGGCAGCCUGCAGCCCACCUCACGCUGGCAACCACAUCUCCAGCUCCAGCUCGCCUCGAAGCCUCACCCCCAGCCUACAGGACUCUCUGCCUCUCGCUGACACCACAUCCACAGGGUCGGAUUCCGAAUCGGUGAUUGUUGUGAAGGUGAAAGAGGCGCCAAAACGUGAUCGUGCCAGUGUCCCUAGGUUUGAUGCCGUGCAUUGGAUUAAAGAGCUCACCAGCAUGUAUGACUCCCGGGCACGUGACAGGCGACACCUCAUCGAUGAGCAGGAGGCUUUGGCAAACCGUCUGAGACAGCAGAGGCUGGAGGACAAGGACUUGUUGCCUCGGCGGGUCAUGACUCCGUUGCAGGUCAUUGUGCCUCUGGUUGAAGAGAUUCCAAUCGAAGAAAUCCUCAACCACGAAGAAGAGAAGGCGGAGGCGAAACCAACGGAUCGGGGCACAGGUGGAGACGACUCCUUAUUUGUCCAGCUCACUGAGGAAAUGGAGGAGCAGGUGAGUCGGGCUUUCCGCCCCGGCCACCCUGACGAGAUCCUGAGUGAAGCGUUCAGGUUAACUAUCACCCGCAAAGACAUUCAAACCCUCAACCACCUCAACUGGCUGAACGACGAGGUGAUUAAUUUUUACAUGAAUCUCCUGGUGGUGAGGAGUAAAACCAAAGGGCUCCCCUCGGUUCACACCUUCAACACCUUUUUCUUCCCGAAAGUGAAGAGCGACGGAUAUCAGGCGGUGAAACGCUGGACUAAGAAGGUGGACGUGUUUGCCACCAACAUCGUUCUGGUGCCUGUCCACCUGGGAGUGCAUUGGUGCCUGGCAGUCAUCGAUUUCAGAAAGAAGACCAUCACCUAUUAUGAUUCAAUGGGCGGCUGCAAUGAUGAAGCCUGCAGGAUAUUACUACGAUACCUGAAGCAAGAAAGCAUCGACAAGAAGGGGAAAGAGUUUGAUACGAAUGGCUGGACACUGUGCAGCAAGCGGAGUCAGGAGAUCCCUCAACAAAUGAACGGAAGUGACUGCGGAAUGUUUACUUGCAAAUAUGCCGACUACAUCACCAAAGACAGACCAAUCAAGUUUACUCAGAAGCACAUGCCCUACUUCAGGAGGCGAAUGGCGUGGGAGAUUCUGCAUCAAAAGCUCCUUUGAUUGUUUUCCUGGCCAGUCCACAGCCUACCCUUCGAUGGGAGACAUUCCAUCAGUCUGGAGGUGUGUGUGGGGGGAGGAGCCGGGACAGGUGGGACAUUGAGGGGAAAAGGCCCCCCCGCCACCACCCCUCCAUCCCUCCUUCUGCCUGUACAUCAUAGCAAUGAACCCAGGACUCUACUUUCGGAAAGGAUGGAGAGAAAGACUCGCCUCCAUCCCAAAUUCUCAGGCAGUCUUCCUACAGGUGCUGGUUUCACGGCAAGCCAUUCGCAGUUUGACGUGGACUUUUCCCGGCGUUGAUGGGUCCUCGCUCCCGUGUUUGUGCCACGUUUAUCUGCGUGUGCGUGCGCGGGUAAGGCGGCCGGCUGGCGGAGAAUGAUGGUCCAAAUCGCCAGCACUGGGAUGAUCCAAAUCCAACGGCUUUGACGUCCUUCCAAUUCACUAACUAUCCGGAGUGCCGCCACCCUGCCAACAGGUGGCACUAGCGUGAUCAGUAAGUAGAGUCGAUGACAGUACAGUAAAUGGGUCUGAUUCUGUUGCGGAGGGAAUGACUGGGGUCCCAUGAAACAGCCCCGAGGGUCAGUUAAUUCAUGCAAAGGGUACCCUUACCACCUACCAAUGGUUUCGACUCUACUGUAUUGUCGCGCCCCAAUUUCCUCUUUACGGUCCGUCUCCCUGCCCCCAUCCCCCACCCAUCUUGCCUCUUGGAACAAUAUGGACGCGACACACGCCGUCAGGGCUGACCGCUGGAUUUUUCAAGUCCGAGGUCCUAACUGACGCCAUGGUAGCCGGGUGGGAUCAUCAGGCCGCCGGGUGUGGGGAAACCAUAAUGACCGGGUAACCAACCGUUUGUGCCUUGUGAUCAGCACCGGUGUGAGAGGGGGAAACCCCGACACACACACACACGCAGCUGUUUUCUGACCUGUUGCAGUCUCUGGUGCAUCGUGGUUGCUUUGUGACAGGGAGCUCUUCAGCUGUUAUCAAUUCCAAAAGCCAUCCGUCCGUCUCUCUCUCUCUCUAUAUGUCUCUCUGACCGCCUGACUGACAUCAAUGAAUACAUUUGCUUCCUGAUGCCCCCCCCAUCCCCACCUCCAGCCCCUCACCCCUUCCCUUCCUGCUGGUAGCAGUAUGUUCUGGGCUAAGUUUGACGGACGCUUGUAAUCCGUUACCUCCUCUUCUUUCUCUCUCUCCCCACGAAUCCUGGCCAUGACUGGAGAACACGCUCCCCCAAAGCCACAGGCCCUGACGUCCUAAGGUUAAUCCAGUCGUUGUGCUCGUGCGGAGGGUGUGCGCGCGUGUGUGUGUGUUCUGGUCGCUCAAUGUCGUGUGUUCCUGAAGCUUGCGGUUUGCAGGCAAAACCUCAUCCGCCACCCAGCCUCCCACACCGUAGGGACUUGGUUCUCUGUCGCCUGUGUGGAGCUGAGUGGGUU